AGAAAACUUGUCUCAGAAAAAAUCACUUCUGUAGCAGGAAAACGACGAAAUAUCUGCGGAAAUUGGCAGUAUUUGAUAGGCGAAGAGUUUCGUGGAUUGCAAACAACAUCAUUCGGAAGCAGGCGCUUCGAAAUCGAAGCAUAAAUUGAGUUCUAAUUCAAGCGAGCAAAAUCGAAUUCGCGUGUGGCCGCGCGAUUUCAGUGUGUGUUUUGGAAGAAUUAGGAAAGGCGAAUAUUCGAUCUUAGUGUGCCAAGCAAAAUGGCAGUGAAGAAGUGUUAACCCGGGUGCGUAAUUGAAAUCCUUCGAGAUAGCGUAAAUCGUCGAGUUCCCGAGGAUAGGAUAAUAUGUUUCAAGCUCGAUCCAGAGCCAGCAGGAGCAGUGAGGGUCAUCCGUCACAAUCACCAUCAAUGGCUGCUGCUACUACGGCAGCCGUAUCAGCAAGUGGAGCAGCAGCUCUCAAUGCUAGCUCUAGCAGUAGUAGCCACAAUGACAGCAAUCUAGACGAUGAUCCCAACAAUUCCAUAAUCAACAAAGUACGUUCACGAGUGUCCAGCAUCCUGCCGGGGGCGCUUUCCAAAUGGUUCUCGCCGACAGCCAGCAAGCGACCUCGUGACAGUGAUACCGGAGGCGGCGGCGGCGGCGGUGGCGGCAGCGGCAGCGGCAGUAGCAGCAGCAGCAGUCCCACGACUUCCGGACGCAACGGAAAUCUACUACGUAGUAGCAGCAGUCGUCAGCACCAGUUGCAGUCACGUUUCAACGAUGCAGGCACUGACGGCGGUAGUCCACAUCACCUACAACAACAGCAGCAGCAGCAUCAUUAUCAGGAACAACAAUUGUCACAGGACGAUGAGGAAGAUGAUGAAGAUCAUGCACCGCCGAUAAGGAAAAGAACACGGCUGGAUGAGGAAUUUAACACCUCCGAAGCGGACGUGACGGUCGAUUUCGGUGCGAUACCGGGUCCCAGUGGUCUCAACAUUUCCGCCAUUGAUCGUCGCGGAUCUCUUCCGGCUUGUGCGCAGCUUCCGCGGCAUGGUCUCCGCAAUGUAUUUACCUCCUCGACGCCUUCCACGUCACCGCAGCAAAGUGCAGCGGCGGGAUCACAGCAACAGCAACAGCAGCAGCAGCAGACCAACAUGUUCGAUGGUUACAAUAGCCUAAAUCGGGCAGCGCGAGCUGCUCCGUUUGAUUUUGCCUCCGCUGCUACUGCUGCUGAGUCCAGCACCGGCGGUAGUGGGCAUCCUCCUACGGCCGAAGAGCUGCACAAUGAGAGUCUGUCCAGCUUGAUACGGCAUCGGAAAAGCAUCCGAGAGGUUAGUCAGCGAAAGCGGUUGAAUAUUCCACCGAUGACGGUGGAUCGAUCGACCUCAGAACCUCCGGCGGCUAUCUUUGGCAGCAAAAAGACAUCCACCUUCGGUGGAAAUCAGGCGCAGGACUAUGAACAUAGACAGCUGCAGACUUGCAGGGAAGAUUUGGUUGAGGAAGAUCUGGAUCAAAAUGUUGCAGAACAGGCAACCGGCGAGAAGGUUCUAUCGAACGGUAAUUUGAAUGAAAGUGCAUCCGAAAGUAGUAGCAUAUCUAAUCUGAACCUAAGUCAAAAUGAACACAACGACAGCCGCCGGCUGUCCGGAUUUAUGGGCAAUAACCGCAGUAAGCGGUACCGGGUUGGCGGAUCGACGGGUGAUCUGUGUUUUUCGUCACAUCUGGAAACGGAAAAGAGUUUGUUUUCGACUAAGAAUACAGGAGCACGGGGCUCCGGCCGACCGACUUUCAACGCAUCGAUCUAUGGCAGUACGUCUUCGCUGGGUAGCAGCAAUAGCAGUUUGUUUGCGAACUCUCCGUUCUACAAUGGGCGGACAAUGUAUGGGGGAGCUUCGGCUUACGCCGCUCGUCGUGAUAGUCGCCAAAAAGCGCUUCGAGUGCCGGUCCAGAUUCGACCCUCGUCAUCGUUGUCGAAUUUCUCCAACUCUUCCAACGUUAGUUUAGCGUCGGACACUUCGGCACUGUCGAGUACGGCGAAGAGGAUUUUGGAAAUCAUGAAUCAAUGCUCGGGACCGUUGAACGAAGCACGCAAGCUGGGAAGCAGUCUUAGUUUGAAUAGCACGCUGGCAUCGGCCAAGGUUCCCGGAUUGGUUCAAGCUCGCAAGCGGUUCAACGAGGAAGAUCUCAGCAUAAAUCGAAGCAUACGAAUGUCUAGUCCUCGGACGCCGUACAGCCGACCGAUCAGUGCCACCGGCUCGAAAAGCAGCUCCUCCACGUACAUCAACAAACCGCCGACGGCCGAACUGCUGGUUCCAACCACUUCGCAGCUGCUGCAGAUGAAACGGCUGCAGAGUAACACCGAAUCGGUGCGUCGUCUCGCGACGGAAUCCGCCGGCACUACCGUGCUCAAUCAAACGAGCGAGUACAAACUGCCGGCGGCGGACGGCGCCGACGAUAGUAACAACAAUGUCAAGCACACCGGCAAGAUGCGCAACAAGCUGAACCGUAUUCGGGAAGAAUCGCUAGCGGGGCGAAGCAGCAAUAGUUCCUCCUCGGCCGUAGGCCCGAUCGAUCUGCCCGAAGUGCAGCUGACCGGUUUGAAAUCAGUUCCUAAGUUCGACAUUAAGCUGCCCAUCAGCAGCGGCAGCAGCAGCAACGGCACGCCUUUAACGAAAGCGUCCGAUAGUGUGAAAGAUUCUUUGCAGCAGAAGACCAGCGGGGACAGUCUGAGCAGUGGCUACAACAGUCGCACCACCAUCGGAAGCGCCUCGCCGCUAAGUAGUAGCAACAAUCUUUACAAAUUCUCCGCUCCAACAGAGCUGGCAGUGUCCGUUUCGGACGCCACCUUCACCAGAAGUCCGAAGGUGCAGAACCACUUCAAGUUCAGCGAUCCGGAACCGAUCGGUUCGGCGACGGGCAAAGUUAGCACUCCGAAGACCGUCAGCAGCGCCGGAAAGUUAACCGGAAUUCAGUUCGACCCUCUAAAGGCUAAAUCUAAGCUACCAGCUUCCCCAGUCGUUCCGGUUUCGGUUUUCUCCGGACUACCGACAGCUGCGCUGCCGCUAAAAUCCAGCGGCAGCUGUUUGGAAGCCCUGAAAAGUCCGGUCCCGAAAGAGCUGAAAUCCACCAGCUGUCUGGAAGCGCUUGCCAAACCGACGGCCGCCGCCGCACCGCUUGCGACGAGUUCGCCGGCGUCCGGCUUCGGAAACGCAUUCAAACUGACCGGUUCUAACAAAUGGGAAUGUGACGCUUGUAUGGUUCGAAACGAUCCGGAAAAGAUGAAGUGUGUGGCUUGCGAAACGCCGAAACCGGGUGCUCAACCUGCUGCAGUAGCUACUGCAGUCGCCGUCGGUCAGAGCAAGUCUGCUCCGGCUGCCGUUGUGGCAGAUAGUGGCUUCAAAGCGCUUGCCGCUCAACAGUCAGCAAAGUGGGAAUGUUCUACUUGUAUGACUCGAAACGACACGACCCUCUCGAAGUGCGCUUGCUGCGAGCAGGCCAAGCCAGGUUCAGCGCCAACGGACGCCCCUUCGUUCUCCUUCGGCGGCAGUAAACCGGCGGCAGAAGCAAAGUUCAGCUUUGGAAUUCCGGCCGGUGCAAAACCGGCUGGUAAUGAUGCACCAUCAUCCGGAUUCACGUUUGGAGCUGCCUCAGGCAGCUCUAUCAGUUCCUCGAGUACCAGCACGGGUGGCUUUACAUUCGGUGCCGUUGCGACAUCCACCACAGCUACCGCAAGCAGUGCGGAGGUGAAGCCUUCCUCAAUAUUUGGUACCAGUAGCAGCAAAGUGGCUCCUGCCACCGAAGGUGGCUUCAGCUUCGGUGUUUCCAAACCGAUCGUUUCCUCAGACGCCGUAGACAGUAGCAAAGAUCAGAAGGAUAAGAAGGAUGACAAACCUGUUCCGAGCUUUGGAUCUGCCGGUGGUUUCAGCUUCGGCGCAAAACCUGCCGCGGAAGCGGCCAAAAAGUCCGAAACGAUUACCUCUACAACGACGACAACCGCCGCCGGCUUUAGUUUCGGGUCUUCGGCAGCUGCGACAACUUUCAAAUUGGGAGAAACCCCCAAAACCGGUUCCGGUUUUAGCUUUGGCAAACCAGCUACCGAAGCGCCGUCAUCAUCCGUUUCAACGACGUCGCAAACACCGGCGGUUGCAACCGCCGCCAGCGGCGGCAUUCUUUCAGCUGAAAAGAAACCAGCAGCAGCAGUUGCAUUCAGCUCGGUCGUAUCUUCCAGUUCGGCAGUACCAGCAGCAUCUUCUACGCCGCCGCCGACGACAACUUCGGCCGCAUUCAGCUUCGGUACUCCAACCGAGAGCAGCAGCAAGCCCGCUGUGACGGUUGCCAGUGGAAUGUUUUCCUUCGGUACUCCCAAAACUCCCGUACAGACUGGUACGACUGGUGCGAAAGAAUCGCCAGCGGCGACAGCUGCCGCAUCAGCGCCAGCGCCGGCGGCUAAUGUUCCUAUAUUUGGCGGUGCUCAAAAAGCGACCGGACCAUCGAUCACACCGAGCUUUUCCUUCGGUGCAUCGACGGCUGGUGGUUCGAGUGGUGCUGUAAGCAGCACCACAAUGGUAGCAGCAACCACAACGGCAACGGUAUCGCCUUCGUUCAGUUUUGGGGCAUCCGCCGCAGCCAACAAACCGGCGAUUACGAACACAACAAGCACUGCAACGCCCGUUUCAUCAACCUCUGCCGCUACGAGCUUCGUCUUCGGUCAGAGUCAACAGGCAGCAGCAAAACCAGUCGCAUUUGGAGUUGUAUCCCCUAGUGGCACCUCUUUGGCUGACAAGUCUACCACCUUUGGAGGGUUCGGAGCAAACGCGCCUUCGGCGCCGACUGGCAGUUCUAUUUUCGGAGGUGUAACCGCCGCGACUUCGUCGGGAUUUAGUUUUGGAGGUUCUGCAGCAACUCCUGCUGCCAAACCGACCGAAACCCCAACACAACCUGCAUUUAGCUUCGGUGGAGCCAACAAAAGCAGUGCUCCUGUUUUCGGCGCUGGAGCCGUGAAUAAAUCUACUAUCUUCGGCAGUCCGUCAACCGGUGUCACCAACAACAACAACAGUUCGCCGUUCGGAGCUUUUGGAAGCGGGAAUAGUAACACUAGCGCCACAUUCGGUUCCAGUACUUUCGGAGCAGCGUCUCCGUCAGCGAGCACCAACACCGGCGGCUCGAUAUUCGGUCAAACUCCGGUACCGGCUUUUGCCGCCCCUAGCGGAUCAACGGCCGGCGCUGCACCGACCUUCGGUGCUGCCCCGACAGGCUUCGGAACGAUGACCGCCGGUCCCACCAGCAAUCUUUUCGGUGUCCCGUCAACUACGCCCGCACCGACUGCUGAUGAACCCCAACCGAAGAAACCGUUCGAAUUCGGCUCGAACACCACUGUAAAUAGUCAAUCAGCUGCGCCCUUCCAGUUUGGAGCCGCCAGCAAUAACAAUAACAACAAUGACAAUGGUUCAAAACCGUUCUCCUUCUCGGCGCAUUCGGCGCCCAACUUCAACUUCACAGCCGGAUCGAAUGCUGGACAAUCGUCGGCUCCCUUUACCUUCGGCGGCCAGAACCAGAACGUUGUUCCCACCGCACAGCACAACCCCGGUGGUGUGUUCAAUUUCGGCGGCGGCGGCGGCGGAGGCGUUGGCCUUUCUGCUGGGUCCGGACUCGGAGGAAUGGCGGAAGGCCACCAGCAUACCGGGUCAAGCCACAGCGCAACAGCAGCAGCGCAGAAAACUUCGCGCCACCAGACGUGUGACGCCCCGGUAGGAGCACGAAGCCGUCAAUCAGCAGCAGCAUACAAGCGCAUCAGUUUAUCUCCCGUUGGGGCAGCUUCCGGCGCUGCUACUCGUACAAAGUACACCAAUCUAGUGUGGACAAAGGACGGUCAACAGAAGAACAACAGCCAUCACCCGACCAUGACGACGACGACAACGAUGACGACACAACAACAGCAACACACCAAAAUCGGACCUGCGGCCGACAGUUCACCACAGUUCGACAAGUCUCGAUUCCGUUAUGUUUCGCCGGAUCUGAAGCGCAAAGCUGCCGCCGCCGCAUCCGCCGAUGGCGGUCAACAACCUCAAUACCAUCCUUUUCAUUCUCAUUAUCAACAAGAGCAAAACCGGAACAACGGAAACUGAUGGCAGGAAGCGAGGACGGACGGACGGACGGAAGGUAAGAGAGUAGUAGUAACACCCACAACACCCCCGGGGCAAGAUGGCCUAUACACUGCGCGGUGUGUUAUUUUUUUGUACAGUACAUAAAUCAAAGAAGAAGGAAUGUCGUCGUUUUUUCUCGUCAUAGAAGCAAAUUAAAUUAUUUUGUAAGCACCAGAGUUCAGAGCAAGAAGUGGCACCAGUGGCACACCCGUGCGGGUGUAUUCGUCAUUCCCCGAAAGGGGAAAAGUAAAUACAACUUAACUUUAGGCUAACGCAAAGAGAAAAAAAAACAACAACAGAGAGAAAGUCAGCAGCAUAAAGUCUGCGACAAAAAGCAGAUAGAUUGAUGGUAGGAAAAUGAUAAAAAAACAACCUAAACAAAGGAGAUGAAUGUCCAGAUUCGUCACUUAUCAUUGAUUGAAUAAUCAUUCAUGUUUCAGGAUUCAGGAAACAAUGAAAAUAAGAAAACCGCAACCGGUUCUCUCACUGUAAUUAUCCAGAAAACAAACAAAAAAAAACACUUAUUUAAGAUUACAAAACCGUACGUUUGUAGGAUGCUUUAAUAAUUGAGUUGAUGAUGAUGAUAAGACACACACACACACUGAAGAAAAAUAAGAAUAAGAGACAAAAUGCGUGUGACACACGUGUGAGACUACGAAGCGAAUGUGCACAUAAAUUGGAAUGUUUGAAUUGAACAUGAACAUUUUUCCGCCUCACCGAUUGUUGUGGGGACGGGAGGGGUGGCGGGCGGGGGGAUGAGCGUCCCACUUGCCAGCCAACAGAAAGAAGCGCCAAAGGAAGAAGAACGCGGGGGCACAUACAUUGUUAUAGAAACGGGGGGAGGAGUUAACCACUCACCCCCGUGCAUUACUACCAUUACAUUGAGAAAGUAUGAUUAGUAGCUUGUUUAACAGAUUUUUUUUGGGUAUUGUAAUCUGGGCGAAAAGUAUGACGAUAGACGAAUAAAAACCAUUUUUUUUGUUAUUCACUUUUCUGUAAUUUAUUAUCGAACGCGAAAGUGUUUGGAUUGAGAGAGUAUGCACGAUGAUGGGGAGAGGACGAGCGAAGGGCUUUAAAUCCUUGUAAAACUUGUAAGACACUCACAAAUAUUCACAUACACACACACACACACGAACACGUAAACCUACGCAGAGAACGAUACUGAACGAUGUACUUUUUUAUAUUUUUGUUUACUAAUACUAGAACGUACGAGAAACUUGUGAAACUACUGACAAACACGUUAUUGCAGAAGAAGCAGAGAGGAAGAACGAAGAAAAAGAAAAUUUGUUACGCUGAGAUAUUGUUCAGGCAUCCUUCAAUGUAUAGAUUCUAUCAGAUUAUAGGGCGCCUCCCACAAAAGGAAAAGGAUGGAACCGGAGAACCGGCGCACGAACGAAAUUAGGUGAAGUUCUAAAAUAAAUUGAAAAAACAAUUGUGAAAAGCAAGGGAAGUUUCUCCCAACUUGACUGACGAAGUGAAGCGCGUGUAGUCCUUUUUUAAAAUCAAUGAAUGAAUGAACCAUCUCCGACGUUUCCGGUCCUUUUCCUUGGGUGGCCGUUCUCUUUAGGGAAGUUAACUAUUAAGAUAAGUCACUACUCUUCAAAUGCGGUAGUAAGUAAAAAAACAUAAUCGGGUCGGGCACCGGGGAUCAAACAAAAAAGGAGAAUUGACACCAGUCCAGUGAAGAUUGAAUCGUCGUUUCCAGCCUGGUAGCUGGUAGAGACCCCCGCCCCCGUGGGCUUCCCCCCCGAGCUUAACUGAACUAGAAUUAAAACUCAACAUUUCAAACAAGAUAGAGAACUUUAACAUUACACACACACACAUACUCAAAAAUUCGCUGACUCCAACCUCACCGGUGGGAGUCGGACUCGAAGUGAAAGCAUCUGGAGGGAAGACCUUUAGGAGCGAUGGAGGGGGGGCCACUUAGCCAUAAUGAAGGAAACAACUGUGUAUAAAGUUCUAGAACUAGUUUAUUUAGAAAUACAAUCCGCCAAAAGAGGAAGAAGAAGUGCAAGUCAAUUCUCCUUUUUUUUUGUCCCGGAGUGCUGGUGCGAAAUGCAUGCAACAAGCAAACAUCAAUCGUCGGUUCACAGUGUCUACCAAGCGGGGGGGCAGAGGAGGACACUGUUCGUAGAAAGACACCUCAAAACAUACACUCACACACACAGUCGCAAAACUUAUAUCAGUAAAAAAGAACAGUCAAGAAGGUGAUAAGUAAAGAAAUAACCAAAUUUUCUCGCUUCAAAACCAAAAUAGUACGAAAUCAUAGCGUAAAAUUUGAUUGGCCUGAUCCAAACCACCCAAACAAAAAAAAAACCCUACACACAAGCGCAGACAUAAGCCGGAUGAUGAUGGUACAGCCGCUGAUUGCCGCCUGCCGCCCGAAGAUUGCAUUUCACAUUCGUUUUACUGAUUAACCUUCUUCAUCUCACUACCUACUUCAUUAAUUUAACCUAAUAAAAAUCUCCCAUUUUUUUCUGGAAUAUAAUUCUCUACUAAAUUGUUAAACAAUUUAGAAAAAAAGUACGGUUUUUAUUUAUAAAACAAAAACCAGGCAGGAGGCAAAAAACGUACCUUUGAAACCAACAAACUAACGAACAAAAGAAAAAAACCCUGCAAUAGCAAAACAAACACAACAACAGCGACUAACCAACCCGUGAUGACGAAUGAUGGAUGAUGAUGACGAUGAUGAUGAUACAUAAUUCGGAAAGUAAAAUAAUGUUUAAUUGUUAUUUUAAUGACCUUAUAAUUACAGAUUAAGUAAAAACAAUUAAGAAAAAUAAAAACAAAACAAAAAAGCAGAAAAACAGCAACAAAAAAAAAAUAAACGCAGUGACAGUGCAGUGCAGUGCAGAGUACCGUACAGGCAGGAGAAAUUGUGAACACAGAACAGAGGGGCAGAUUUUGUUUAGUAAAAAUAAAAUGAUUGACAAAAAAAAGAAUAAUAAUAAAAAAAGAAUACAACGCAACACGGUGUCCGGUUUUUCCAUUGGAUAGGAAAGCAAAGAGUGAACUCACCUCUGGA